CAGAGCUGCCACAAGUCUCAGCUUGUUCCGCGCCAUGGAUGUCCUUGUGGUGGGUGGUGGUGGCCGAGAACAUGCCAUCGCGGUGAAGCUCAGGGAAUCUCCCAAGGUCCGACAUGUCUUCUGCGCGCCUGGCAAUGGAGGCACUGCUCUGGAGGAGCGAAUGACCAAUCUGCCCAUUGGCGACAGCGACGUUGCUGCGCUUACGGCUGCAGCAGAGGAGAAGAAGGUUGCCUUAGUUUUCGUUGGCCCCGAAGCACCUCUUUGUGCUGGCUUGGCAGAUGCCUUGAAUGCCAAAGGUGUGCCGUGCUUUGGACCGAGCAAGCUAGCAGCCGAACUGGAGGCCUCCAAAGCCUUUAGCAAGGACUUCUUUGCCAAAUACAAGCUUCCAACCGCCAGCUACAGGACUUUCAAGACGGGCGAGCAUGAAGCCGCACUGAAAUAUGUCGAGGAGGAAUACCUGGCGGGUCGUGAGUUGGUGGUGAAGGCCAGUGGCCUGGCGGCGGGCAAAGGUGUGCUGAUGCCGCAGUCCAUGGCGGAAGCGAAGGAGGCGGUGCAGGAAGUUAUGGUGAAGAAGGUCUUUGGGGCGGCUGGCGAUGAGUUGGUAGUAGAACAACUGCUGAUCGGAGAAGAGUGUAGCUGCAUGGCUUUUUCAGAUGGCCAAACUGCUGCGAUGAUGGUUGCAGCGCAGGACCACAAGCGAGUCGAUGACAACGAUCAGGGGCCAAACACUGGUGGCAUGGGCGCCUAUGCCCCCGCCCCAUGUCUCACAGAUGACUUGAAGCCUCAAGUCACGGAGGUGCUGCAGCGAACUGUGGAGGCCCUGGCUGCUGAAGGGCGAAAGUACAUUGGAGUGUUGUACGGUGGCUUCAUGCUCACCAAGGAUGGGCCAAUGCUUCUGGAGUACAACUGCCGUUUUGGUGACCCUGAGACUCAGGUCUUGUUGCCGUUGCUCGAUUCGGACCUGUUCGAUGUGGCUUUGGGCUGCGCUGAGGGCAAUCUGAAAGCUCGUGUGCCUGAGGUGAGAUGGAAACCUGGAGCCGCGGCCACUGUGGUUUGCGCUGCCAAGGGCUAUCCUGGAUCAUACCCCAAAGGUUUGCCCAUCAGUGGCGUGGCCGAAGCCGAUACUGUGGAAGGCGUCAAGGUUUACCAUGCAGGAACCAAGCAGAAUGAGUCUUCCUUGGUGACUAGUGGAGGUCGAGUUUUGGCUGUGACCGGCCAAGCAAAUGACUUCAAAGAAGCUUUGAGAAGAGCAUAUGAGGCAGUUUCAAAGAUCAGCUUUGAUCCUCCUGGCAGCAGCAGUUCCAACAUGCAUUUCCGUCGGGAUAUUGGCCACAAGGCUUUGCAAAGACUAGCAUGAGAUCUCGGAGUUUGCAGACGAGGUCCUGGCAUAAGAUCCGAGAUUUCAAAGUCGGCCAAGGCUGAGGUGAAACGGUGAAACUCCAGCGCGGUGAUUCACCAACUGCAACUUUUGUGUAACAUUUUGCAGCCACUUUUGUCUACAAAAUUCUACAAAGGUGGCUGAACUCUUCUGACAUUUUCACAAACCAGUUUUUUG